UGCAGCGCUGGUCAUAUGAGCAGAAAUUAUAAGGACAGCACUUUAUAAGCUUUUUGCACUUGCUCUACCCGCUCAAACAGUUGCAGGAUGUCGAUAACAGACUUGCUCAACUCGGAGGACAUCAGGAAGGCAGUAGGAGCCUUUGCCGCUGCCGACACCUUUGACUACAAAAAGUUCUUCCAAAUGGUCGGCCUGAAGAAAAAGAGCCCAGAUGAUGUGAAGAAGGUGUUCCACAUCCUGGACAAAGACAAGAGUGGCUUCAUUGAGGAGGAUGAGCUGGGGUCCAUCCUAAAGGGUUUCGCUGCAGAUGCCAGAGAGCUCACUGCUAAAGAAACAAAGACGCUGCUGGCCGCUGGUGACAAGGAUGGGGAUGGCAAGAUUGGGGCUGAAGAAUUCUCCACUCUGGUGGCUGAAAGCUAAGAGAUGCUGAUUGCCUGGGUCUCUCAUCCCUCCACCCUGGAUGCCCCACCUCAGUCCUUCCUGCUCAGCCCUCCUGAGUUUCUGUUUGGUUUGUUUAUGUUAUUUUUUACUCCCCCCAUCCUCUGCUGCCCUGGAAUGAUACCAUUCUUCUGGAAGAUGCUGGAGAAACAAUAAAGGCUGUACCAACCGGA